CUUGAUCGCAUGCAUACAUCCUCACUAUCGGUUGUUAGUCGGCAGGACAACUAGUAGACGAUGUGCGUGUGCUACCAAUAAGGCAAGGGAACGAUGCCAAUACCACUCAUGACAUGCGUGAUGGCUGCUGUAGGAGUGAAGGCUUCGUCUUGUUUGGCGCACAGCAUUUUAAGGGGCGAGAUAAGUAGAGGGGCCGGUGUGGGUGGCAAGAGGGAAACGUAUGGAAAAGGUGUCUGCGGGUAACCUCCCUUACGGGACGUUGGCCGGCAUUACUGCAACGCAAAUUGCUUUCUUCUCUCCGCUGACCCAGUUUAGCAGCGGAGGCGGAUACUCUAGUAGGAAGACAUCAAAGCUCGAGAGAAUUUGGGUCGUCAUGUUUCCGCGACAAUGCGUUUGGACAGAACAGUCAGCCCUGUGUUUCGACACGCUGUCAGGCGUCGCGUCCUCCCGGCGAUCUUGCCUCGAAGGAACGGGUCGAGGGGUGGGAUACAGUCAGGCACGCUACGAUCUCAUCUCAAGCUCCUUUCGGACCGGUCUUCAACGUGUGUGAUCCACUCACCACGAGUGAGGACCGUGAUUGGGAGUCUGUGUGUAGAGGCAAUCA